AUAAGUGAAAAUAAAACGGGUAUUAAGUUAUGUAUUAAAAAAUCCGAUAGUUCAUUAAGUGCCGUCACAGCUACAGCAGCGGCCACAGCAGCCGUUAAAUCAGCCACAACAUCGGGGAGAAGUCGUAAAAGUUCAAGGAAUCCAAAACAACGUAUAAAACUGAACAACGACAGCAAUGAUGAAGCCGAUGAAUUGGAUUAUGAACCUAAACGGAAAAAGGAACGUAGUUCCAAGCGACAAUCGGCCACAGGAACGGGCGGCUCUAAUGCAGGGCAAGCUGGCAAUGAUGGUGAUGAACACAAACGUCCCAUUGUGGAGCAAAGUAUAUGGGGUAGAGAUUUACCCGAACCAGUGCUUUUUAAGAUUUUCCAAAAUGUCGUCGAAAAGGAAGGUUGCCUACCGACCUUAUUUCGUUUGGGUCGUGUCUGUUCCCUGUGGCGCCGUGUCUCUUUAUCACCCACCUUGUGGCGUUCGCUAGAUCUCACCACAUGGAUUAAAGAGAAAUAUCGCACGGAGCUGAAAUUAAAAUGGUUUGUCGAUAAUCGCUGUACAUGUUGCACAGAAUUGAAUGUUUCAAACUUCAAAAUCACAGACAUUAAUUGUUUUCUAAUGAAAUUAGCUGAUGGUGCACCGAAUUUAACAAGUAUAACCCUAUCGGGUUGGAAAGGUUUCUCAUGUGAUCAUUUGGCAUAUUUAGUUGAAAAUAUGAAAAAACUCGAACGUCUAGACUUAAGUUCUGUGAAUGUGGAAAUGAAUGCUAGUAAAAGUGCUGUGGGUGUGCAAUCAUUGUGCAAUGCAAUGCAAGUUAUGGGUGACAAACUGACACAUCUUUAUUUGGCGCACAAUCGUUUAGCUGGUAUACCGCAAUUAGUCAAUGUUUUAUCGACACAUUGUCCAAAUUUAGUUCUAUUGGAUCUAUCCAAUGUUACAACACAAGCCACAUCUCAUGGUAUAUUACAUGUUGAGAAAUUACAGCAAGGCUGUCCAAAACUGAAAGUUUUACGCAUUACCAAUUCGCAUAUAACACUGAGUACAGCAUCCCUACAAGAAAUGAUGGAUUCUCCUGGUUUUCCCGAACUCGAAGAACUUUCCGUAGCCGUUAUGGAUGAAUCACGAGUCAUUGGUGAUGAACAUAUACAACGUAUAUUGAAAUCGUCAUCGAAAUUGAAGCUAUUAGAUGUACGUGGCUGUGCCCGUUUAACCCAUGAAAGUCUAAUACGUCUACCAACCUGGGAUGUAAAACAUUUAUUUCUAUCUGGCUGUUCGGUGACAAGAGAUAUGGGGUGA